AUGAGUCGAACGCCAUCUGUGCUAUUCCAGAAUGAGGACAAAUCAGUGAUUCUGCUAGACCUGCCCAAGUCUCUUGAAGAAGGGCAGGUCCUUUCAAACGAGUUACACGGCGACCGCGAGCCGCGACUCCGGAGGCUCAUCUCAACGGCCCCUCCAGAGGAACCAUUCAAGCUUCCGGAGCCAAAGAAGCAAAGCUUCCAACAUGCCCCGGACCCGGCAGCUCAGGUGGCCGAGUUGAUGACUCUCGCAAGAGUGAAUGCAGCUCUGGAGGAGAUCCAGCAGACCUACUCUGGACCCUGGUGCCAUCCUCGUACAUAUGAUGAGUCCAGGCCGUCCGACUCGGGCGAGGGCUCCUCGCAAAAGAGGAAGUCUAUGUCUAUGCAGUCGAAGUGCAGCAAUGAUCAAGUGAUACCACCAGAGUCUCCUCGGAUCAUGACGCCCAAAGACUCCCACUACCUGGAAGGCACAAUCCGGGAUCGACGACAGGACCUUAUCGAAACAGCGCCCUUGUUCGACCUCAUCCUCAUGGACCCGCCCUGGCCCAACCGCUCAGCCCGUCGCAAGCAGAGAGGCAGCACGUACACCACUGCCGACGGGCUUUCCUCGACCAGGGACCUCCUAGCAAACACCCCCGUCCGUUCCAAGCUGGGACCAGACGGCCUCGUCGCGGUCUGGGUCACAAACAACCACAGCUAUGUUGACCUGCUCACGUCGCCGCGGAACGGCAUCUUUGCCGAAUGGGGCGUGGAGCUCGUAGACACGUGGACCUGGCUCAAAGUGACGACGACGGGAGAGCCCAUCUUCGACGUCGAAUCCCAGUGGCGGAAACCAUGGGAGCGGCUGCUCCUGGCCCGGAGGGUCGGUUCUCCGGCACCAAAGCUCAGCUCGGGAGGCAAGGUCAUCGUCACCGUCCCCGAUGCGCACUCGAGGAAGCCUUGUCUGCGGUCGCUGCUCGAGUGUGCAUUGCCCACAGACUACACUGCCUUGGAGGUAUUCGCUAGGAAUCUCACUGCCGGCUGGUGGAGUUGGGGCGACCAGGUGUUGAUGUUCCAAGCGCCUCAGCAUUGGCACAACCCGGAUCAUGAUGAGCCCGGGAGUACAGAGACGAGUGACAGUAGAUCAGCAGAAGCUCAAAAGCGUUGCCGAGAUACUAGUUGA